AUGCAAGCGUUUCGACCUCUGUUAUAUGAACCUAAUACAAAUGAGCCCGAUCAAGAAGAAACACACAUAUCAAUCCCAAAUGCCUCUAUUUCAUUAGAGAAGCUUUAUGAAUCCAAUAUGGAAGAAUUUGACCAAGAAAAUGUUUACACUUCAAUUCCAUACACUUCUACUUCAUCGGAGGAUCAUGUGUUUGAUAGACUUAAUACAAAUGAAUUCGAUCAAGAUAAUACAAUUCUAUAUGAUUCUAUUUCAUUGGAUGUCCAACUUCAUGAAUCUAAUGUGAAUGAAUUUGACUACAAAAAUACUUACACUUCAAUUCUAUAUGUUUCUAUUUCAUUAGAGAAUCAUUUUUAUGAACCCAAUAUAGAUGACUUCAACCAAGAUAAUUCUUAUACUUCAAUCCCAUAUACGUCUACUUCAGCAAAUGUUUAUGUAAUUGUCCUUAUAGUUUCAUUUUAUCCUUAUUUUUGUCUUUUUCUUUGUGAAUUUAAUAUAGUUGAAUUUAACAAGAAAAAUGCUUAUGCUUUAUAUACUUUUAUUUUAUCAAAGAUUCAUUUUAUUGAUCUAGUUUCAUUCUAUCAUGCUUUUCAAGUCAAUUUAUCUGGUCCUUCUCAACCACUUGCAAAGUCAAACAAAGCUGUGUAUGCAGAGUUAUUUGGCUUAUUAAAGAAAGUUAUUAAUUGCCAAUUUGCAAAGUGA